UCUUAUUUUAAAUGUACCUUCCGAUUCUUGGCUAAUUCCCCGUUGUGGGCAUCUAAUCGAUUAUCAUCAUCGUUUUUCAGCUUCCUUACGACGCGCGCGCUGCGUGCUCUCGUGCGUCCCACUAACGGUUUUUUAGGCUGCCGAGUCGCCAGGCUGCAAUGCUGUUUUGUUUGGCGGCGUUUGAACAGUCGUGUUUGCUCGCGCAGUGAACAUCCGUUUGACAAGCACUCAGCCAUGGACGGGAACGACCUGGAGAUGACGCAGGUCAUCCACGGCCAGGACGACUCGGAGGACGAGGCCGAGCGAGAGAUACGGGCCAUAUUGAAGCUCCACGACCAAGACGCGCCAGCGGCGUUCCAGUCUUUCCACUUGAAGCCAGGUACAAACGUGGUCGGCCGUUCUCGUACCUGUGAUGUUAUCAUUGAGAAUUACGCCGUCUCCAAGCAGCACGCCAUCAUCGAUGUUGGCAGCGACAGUUGUACUAUCAUGGACCUCGGAAGUCAGAAUAAAGUCAAGAUUGGAAAACGCACACUGAAGCCAAACUGUCAGUACAACCUGGACUACAACGAGGAGUUCUGCAUAGCGGGUCUCAGGGCCCGCAUUUUGUAUGACCAAAACAAUGGUGCCAAGAGUGACACCGGCUCCGACACAUGCUCGGAAUCCCUUCUGACAGCCAUUGAAGUUUCCAAGGAUCAGGAGGGUGUUGAUGCCGAGGCGUGCGACAAUGCUGAUAAGCCGGAGCCUUCUGCUGCAGCAGCCGGACUUGAUGAAGAAACGGGGGCUGCAGUAGAAUCCAAGUUGGAAGUUUCCAACAAGACUGCAUCUAAGUCGUCGCAAAACGCAAAGACAUGCAACAGUGAAUACCAGUCCAGCGGAAGCUUCACCAUGCCCGAGAUGCCCAUGCUCGACUACACUCAGACCGACAGCUCGCAAGGGACCGAGCCUUAUGCGGGUGCCGACCGCGACGCUCAGACGAACCAAGAGGGUGCUGGAGCGGGAGCUCCGGCUGCGCAGGUUCCUGUAGGUGCUAAUGCCCCUGCAGCGAAAGAUACGGAUGCGUUUCUGUGUGCCCCGACACAGCCGUACUCCGAUGCCACCUGUGGCGGGAAUGCAGGCGACACUUUCAAGCCUGCCACAGCAGACCAAGAGAGUCGUUUGAAUGCAGAAACGCAACCUUACACGGACAAUGCUGAACGUCCCGAAGUGCCUUCUUCAAACCCCGGUGAAAUAAUCGACCUGGAGAUGGAUGAAACAGAUCGGCUCAAUGCUCCAACGCAAGCAUACGAAAAUGAUCCAUCUGCGGAGGCCGAGCGUCUGAACGCGCCGACACAAGCAUACACAGAGCAGGACGAGGAUGAGAGGCUGAAUGCAGUAACUCAGCCGUACGCACCAGACAUCAACCAGGAGGAAGAGGAGAGGUUGAACGCAGUGACUCAGCCAUAUGCAGGAGACGUCAACCAGGAAGAGGAGGAGAGGCUGAAUGCUGUAACACAACCAUAUGCAACAGACGUCAACCAGGAAGAGGAAAGGUUGAAUGCAGCAACACAGCCGUACGCAGCGGACGUGAAUCAGGAAGAGCAGGACAGGCUCAAUGCCGUCACACAGUCGUUCAAUGACAACGCAGAAGAAGACAACAUGGUGGAAGAGUCCGUGUGUGCUCCCACUCAACCAGAAGAGAGACACCGGCGCCUCCUGUGUGGUCCGUCUGAACUCAGCUUCGUCCUGUGUGAAGCAUCCCAGCCGUGCCGCGACGACGGCGGUGAUGAUGACGAGGAGGAGGAGGAGUUCUGCGCGCCGACCCAGAAGGACGAAUCUCCACCCCUAAAAGUUCAUGCCCUGCUGAAGUACCGUAGAGAGAGAGGAACAGUGGCAGCAGAAGAUGACAAUGACAAGACACCACCACUAUCACCAAAGACUACGAUAGAUGAGACUCCACCACCUUCCCCUGGCUUUGUUCCAGAGAGUGAUCCCGAAGAUGAUGAUGGGGACACAAGCAUGGUAACAGCCCGGCGCUCGUCUUCCAUUUUUAAUAUGACCGGUGCGUCUGUCUAUGAAGACUGUGUGACACCUGGCGGUGCCAUUGGCGGCUCACCCAUUAUCGGAAGCAUCGGAAAGGUGUCGGGUAAGCGACCAAGGAGGGGGAUGAGUCUGAAGAAGCCCACAUGUGACACUGUUCUAGAACUUCCCAGUCAAGAAAGCACUGCAGGAGCUGAAUGGAUGCAGCAACAGCAAGCUGCCUCACAUUCAAAGGCAUCUAAGAAACUAACGUACAUUGAAGAAGCAGACGACAGCAGAGAUUUGAGUGCAAAGACUUCAGAUGCUUCUCUAGCUGAGCUCUCGGUAAGUGGGGAUGAACAUACCAGCAAGAAUUCAAGCAUUAUAACCACUUGCAGCCCACAAAAGGUACCUGCGGAGCCGCAAGAAAGCGCAGAUACUAAUAAAAACAGAGUGACUACUGAAGACGGUGAAAUGCCCGUACUUCACAUGAGCGAGGUUACAGAUGUUGACACAACGGCUACUGACAAGGAAGACAGUACAAUUCAGGAUUCUGCUGUCAAGGAGGGAAACAGGCUGCUGAAGCCUGCACAAGCAAGGAAAUGCCAGCAGACACUGGCGAGUCUUCUGCAACCAGCGUCCGAAAGCGAGGAAGAAAGCAGUAGAGUUUCUAGAAGAAAGGGGAGGAAGGAACCACCAUCAAAAACGACUCGAACCAGGAGGAAAGUGGCAUCUCCGAGUGAUGAAAAAGAAGCCUCCAUAGAGAAAACUGCUGCGCCGGCAAGAAGGAGCAGUGGGCGUCAAAAUGCUGGCUCAAGGAUGAAGUCCCUGUUGUCCUUGGAGAAAAGGACUUCUGCAUCGGGAGAUUUCGAGGAGAGUACGCUUUCACAGGAAGCUAACGACAAACGAGACGCUCCCAAAGAUGAUGCUGCCACGGAAGAACCACAAGGGAAAGCGGGCAGAUCCAGAACAAGGCGUGGGCUGAAGGGCAAAGCUGUCGCAGAAGUUCCUCCUCUACCUCCGAAUGACGAUCUGGCCAGUGCGAACCAGCCAAAAGUUGUGUCCAGCUCUAGUGAAGAUAAAGGCGAGAAUGAAGAGCCUUCAGUGAAGCCUAGUGAGAAUGACUCUGAGGGUGAGGCGGAGAAUGGUGAGGGCACUCAUGAUAACAAAGAUGAAGAGUGCCCAUCAAACAGAGGGCUUUUGGUAGACCAGGAAGGCGGGAAUGCAGAGGACAAAGGGAAAGUGGGCAGAUCCAGAACAAGGCGUGGGCUGAAGGGCAAAGCUGUCGCAGAAGUUCCUCCUCUACCUCCGAAGGACGAUCUGGCCAGUGCGAGCCAACCAAAAGUUGUGUCCAACUCUAGUGAAGAUAAAGGCGAGAAUGAAGAGCCUUCAGUGAAGCCUAGUGGUAUUGACUCUGAGGGUGAGGCAGAGAAUGGUGAGGGCACUCAUGAUAACAAAGAUGAAGAGUGUCCACCAAACGGAGGGCUUUUGGUCGACCAGGAAGGCGGGAAUGCAGAGGACGUCAUGAGUACGGCCUCGCUAACACCAUCUUUGGUCGACGGCGACAACAAUUGCACGAGUGGAACCAUUGACACCUGUUUCUCUGAACCAUUCCCCACCUUUUCAGAAGUGAUGGCGGAAUGCCAGGCGUACAUUGAAAAGACAGAGGGCCAACACGAGGAAAAGGAGGCUGCAGAAGCACAGGAAGAGACAGUGGCCGACCUGGCAGAUGAAAGCAAAGCCAAAGCCAUAGCCCCUGCCACAUCAGAGCCAGAACACGUAGCCGAAGAACAACCUCGAGCUUCACGGUCAAAGGACCGGAAGGAAGGAGUGGACCACGAGAAAGCGAAAAGGACCAGAAGCGGUGGAGGAGUUGCCUACAACACGGCGCAAGGCCACUCGAAGAGGUGCACGAGAAGAGCCGCCUACAGGAACUGGAAGACGGUGCCUAGGGUUGCGGUUACCAAUAUCGUGGAGGACACAGAACAGUCAGAAGGGGAGCCUGACGCUGACCGCCUUUCAGCGCAGGAGACUGAAAGCAUUGACGGAACACCAUCGGACACGUCGGAGAGUUUAACACCUCGAGGAAAAGCCGUUCCACGUCCCCGCUCGUCAAAAGCUCCCCGGUCAAAAGACCCGAAGGAAGGGGUGGCCUCGAGAAAGCGAAAAGGACCAGAAGCGGCGGAGGAGUUGCUUUCUACACGCCGCAAGACCACUCGAAGAGGGGCACAAGAAAGGCCACCUACAGGAACUGAGCUAUUGGCCGAAGACUCUCCAGGCGAUAUUGAGCAGCCAGAGGCGCUACAGUCGCCACAGCAGUCGAACAAACCCAGGCAUGGACGUCCACCCCGCGGCACUGUUGGUAGAAAGACAGCGCCUAAGGUAGUGGAUACCAAAAUCGUGGAGGACACUGAACAGUCGGAAGGGGAGCCUGAUGCUGACCGCCUUUCUGCGCAGGAGACUGAAAGCAUUGAGGGAACACCACUGGAAACGUCCUCGAGCUUAACACCUUCUCAAGAAACAGCCGUUCCACAUCCCCGGUAUGGUGCUAGAGGCACAAGGCAGUUGCUACAGCAAGAUGCUAAACGGGUAGAUGAGGCUGCUUCAAAAGACGAAUCUGGCACGGACCACCUUUCAGCACAGGACACAGAAAGCAUUAAUGGAACACCAUCAGAAACUCCAGAAAAAUUAACGGCUUCUGAAGGAAAUGUCGUUCCUUCUUUGUCAAAGGCUUCCCGUCGUAGUGCAAAAACUGCGAAGCAGUCGUUGCAGCAAGAUGUGGAAGAAGAAGACAAGACUGCUUUGGAUGGCCCGGUAGCUGGAAACUCUGAAGAACAGUUACAAGGCAUCACGACCUGCAAACUAGGAGAACUCGGCGUGGCAGAAAUGCUGCCGUACCGUCCCAAAAUGAGCAAGUCGUGCCGACUCCAGAAGCUACAGAAGACCCCUCGGAGAACAGUGGCACAGAGGCCGAACCUCGCACUGCAGCAGCUAGUUCCGCUAGAAGUUUCCGUAAAAACGGAGCCACCGAGUCCUGGAACAUCCCGGCGCAGCAGCACGAAAACUGCACAAGUCCAGCUAGAGGAAACCGAGCAUCUAGACAACAAUGACUCUGCAGAAGUCUCUUCAAAGCCCAAGCGCAGGGUCACUGAGCUCAAGCAAGAACAUAUCUCGGAGGCUGAGGCUUCGAGCUCGGGGUCUACGACUCGACGUCAACCGUUUAAGAUGCCAGCUCUCGCACCGGUAACAAGAAAGAGGGAUGCGCGGCGGACUGGCAAAAAAGAAGACCCACCGCCAACUUCUGUGAUGCCUGUGCUCAAGAUUAUGGAAGAGACUUCUCCGCAGUGCUCCCUGCGAAGGAUUGACAGGAAGAGGCACGUCGCCUCGAUGAGCUUUGGUGUACCAAGGCACGAGUCGGACGAUGAAGCUUCUAGCAACGAGGAAGAGACUUUGGAAGAGGUAACAGUGAAGCUUGGGCCAAAGUCUCGGCAAAAGGCACCGGUGAAGGAAGUGGCUGUCAAGCAGGAAGUGGUAGAGGAAGCACCAGUGAAACGGGGCAAGAGGAAAGCGGAUGCACCUGAAGUCAAGCCUGAAGUGCCACGGAAAGCGAGGUCUCGGCGGGACGAACAGGCGGACUCUUCGCUGGCCCCCAAAAAAGCCGUGAAGGUGAAGCCAAAGGUGCUCUUCACCGGAAUCGACAGCACAAGCACAGAAGAGGUGGUAAGAGACCUUGGUGGUACCAUCGCAACCAAUGUUUCUACGUGCACGCACCUGGUCACCGACAAGUUCCGAAGAACGGUCAAGGCACUGUGCUGCAUCGGAAAGGGCACGCCAAUUGUCGACGUAGCCUGGAUAAAGAAGUGCCAGGAGGCCGGAGCCUUUGUGGACCACAUGCCCCAUAUGUUGCUCGACAAGAAGGCUGAGAAGACCCUGCGCUUCAGCCUCAGGGACACAUUGGCAAAGGCGUCAGCCGGUGGCGUACUUCGGGGAUGGAGCGUCCAUGCCACCCCACGUGUCCUGCCAUCUCCCAGUGACAUGAAAGAAAUUGUGAUGUGUGCUGGUGGCAAGUACCUGGACAACUUGCCGGCUCGUAGUUCGACCAGCACGACUGUUGUAGUCUCAUGCAAGGAGGACCUGAAAGCUUGUGCACGCGCACGAAACAACGGCGUUCCAGUUGUCGCCGCGGAGUUUGUGCUCUCGGGACUGCUUCAGCACAAACUCGACAUUGAAGCGCACCGCCUGGAGUAAAAGCCAAAAGCGGGGUGGGAGCAGGUGCUUCGACAUCAUCUUCUUUGGCGUUUUUCUUUCUUUCUUUCGUUCGUUCGUGUCGUGUUUGUUUUUUUUUUUUCUUUUAAAAUUUUUAUAGACGGGUAGCUUUACUGUACAUUCUCACGGACAGUUACCGUUGGCAUUUCUUGUAUAUAUUGUAUAAAAUUGCCUUCUGCUGUAACAUAAUGCCCAGUUUUGUUUUAAUGACAAGUCUAUCAUGCCAUCACAUUAUAUUAGCCACAUAGCAUUGAUUGAAAUUUUUGUUUGUUGUGCUUUUCUUUUUUUUAGACUGAUGUUUUUAUCUCUUGACACCGCAUGCGCUGUCAUGCAUAGUCAAAGGAUCCCAAUAAAUCUGUUUUACAAAAAAUU